CACGUAGAGUCCUAGACUGUUGGUGUGGUGUACGCAGACGGACGUAUCCACAGUGGUCUUUGUGAGAACAUAAAACUAAGUGACCUAUAAAUAAUAUACAAAAUGAAGUUAUCAGUCGCCUGGCUACUACUAGUGGCUACCUUCCUGCAAGCAGGGCAUACCUACAAGAUCCUCGUGGUGUUCCCGACGCCAGGGAAGAGUCACACGAUCCUGGGGGAAGGAGUUGUACGGCACUUGACAAGUGCUGGACAUGAUGUUACAUACAUUACUCCAAUACUAAUGAAAUCUGCACCGAAAAAUUUGAGGCAAAUAGAUGUGUCUGCCAAUUUCAAAUACCUAACAAGUCACGGAGAUGUAAUGAACAUCAAAAGCCACAUGGAGCAGAAAAAGGAAGUGGAUAUGAGCAAUAUGCGCAUCAUCAUUGAAAUGAUGUUAGACGUCCACAACCUGACGUACCACAACCCAAACGUCCAGCGUCUGCUGUCAGACACCAGUGAGCAGUUCGACGUCGUCAUCGCAGAGUGGAUGUUCACCGAGCUACACGCUGCGAUAUCAGCAAUUUUCAACGUUCCACACAUCUGGCUGUCCACCGUCGAGCCACACUGGCUGGUGCUGCGCCUUCUUGAUGAAGCCAGCAGCCCUGCUUAUACAGCAGAUAUAUUAUCCUCUAAUAUACCUCCACUCUCAUUUUUAGUUCGAAUUCAAGAGCUCUGGAGUCGAGUUUAUACGUUGGGUUUAAAAAAGUUCGUAAUAGAUAGUUCCGAGGAAAACAUAUACUCCACACUCACUCCAUACUUCAAAAUGAGAGGUCGAGAGGCUCCAUCGUUCAACGAGCUGGUGUUCAACGCUUCCCUCAUGUUUGGGAAUUCUCACGUGUCAUUAGGCCAGGCUAUGACGUUGCCACAGAGCUUAAAGCCCAUUGGUGGAUACCACAUUGAUACGAAGUCAGCGCCGCUUCCUCAGGACUUACAAACCCUGAUGGACAACGCCAAGCACGGCGUCAUAUACUUCAGCUUGGGAUCAAACAUCAAAAGCAAGGAUCUUCCUGACGAGACAAAACAGGGUCUCCUGAAAAUGUUUGGAAAACUAAAACACACCGUUAUAUGGAAAUUUGAGGAGGCAUUGCCUGGGCUGCCGAGCAACGUGCACAUCCUUCAAUGGGCCCCGCAGCCAAGUAUCUUGGCGCACCCCAACUGUAUCCUCUUCAUCACGCACGGAGGUCUUCUCUCCACCACCGAAACCAUCCAUUUUGGAAAGCCGAUCAUUGGCAUUCCGGUCUUUGGCGAUCAAUUUGUCAACGUGAACAGAGCUGUGGCCAAAGGAUUCGCUAAGAGAGUUGACCUGUCCUACGAUAUGGCAAACGAGCUCGAAGCAGCUAUAAAGGAUAUUAUCCAAGAUCCAAAGUACUCCAAAAAAGUGAAAGAGCUGUCACUGAUAUACCACGACCGCCCAGUGCCUCCUGGUAAGGAGCUGGUGCAUUGGGUGGAGCACGUGGUCAAGACUAACGGCGCCCCCCAUCUUCGCUCACCAGCAUUAAGCGUACCCUUGUACCAGAAAAUGUACCUCGAUCUCAUUGCCUUGGUAGUAGUUGCCUUACUAGUUAUAAAAGCAGUAUUUAGAAGAAUAUUUAAGAAGAAACCAAGCAAAGAGAAGAAACAAUAAUAUUAAUAGAUCUUCUGCCAAACCAAUUUAGUACCUGACAUUUUUAGCCAGUUUUU